CAUGGGCAACCCUCUUAUUCAAGAAGGAGACAAUCCGGACAUCACGAAAGAAAGGCUUGCUGGCAAUUUCGAUGUUCGAAAAAUGGCCAGCUUCCUAUACGGAGGGGACGAAUGCUUGCAGAGGAGGGCUGAAAUUUUGACAUUUGUCAAAUCGAAGCCAGAGCUGCGCGAUCCAGUUCCAGUUGAAUUUAUGACUCGCGAGGAACGGGUAGAUAAUGCUGCUAGAAAGAUUGUCGCAAUGACUGAACACCUGGAGCAAAUUGACGCAUCUGACUUUUUUGGCGAGGGAAUAGGCAUUAUUGGUACAUAUGCCCAGACAGAGCUUGGACACGGAACAAAUCUAAAGAAUUUGGAAACAACAGCCACUUAUGAUCCAAAGACCGAGGAGUUCAUCAUCAACUCACCCACGAUCACCUCGGCCAAAUGGUGGCCUGGAGCGUUAGGGAAAUCUUCGAAUUAUGCUGUUGUUGUAGCUCAACUUUAUACACAGGGAAUUUGUCGUGGUCCACAUCCAUUUAUAGUUCAACUAAGAGAUCUGGAAACGCACAAACCCAUGAAAGGAGUUCGUGUCGGUGACAUAGGACCAAAAUUCGGCUUUAAUUCCAGUGAUAAUGGAUUUCUUCUGUUUGACAAUUACAGAAUACCUAGAAAGAAUAUGUUGAUGAGACACUCCAAGGUCAAAAAAGAUGGAACAUUUAUAGCGCCAAAACAUUCGAAGUUAGGCUAUGGCACUAUGGUAUUUGUCAGAUCCAUUAUGAUCAAAGAUCAAGCUACUCAACUUGCAGCAGCUGCAUGUAUAGCUACACGAUAUUCGGCUAUCCGAAGACAAGGAGAGAUUGCGCAGGGGUCCGGGGAAGUUCAAAUUUUGGAGUAUCAAACUCAACAGUUUCGGGUGUUUCCGCAAAUUGCACGCGCAUUCGCAUUUAUGUUUGCAGCUUAUGAGAUUCGCGAUCUUUACAUGAAGGUGGUAACCGAACAGCUUACUCAAGGAAAUACCGAUCUUCUCCCGGAAAUUCACGCCUUAUCAUCGGGGCUAAAGUCUGUCGUCACAUGGGAAUCGGCGCAGUCUGUCGUCACAUGGGAAUCGGCGCAGGUGAUCAGAAUUAGUACUCCGUUAUUUACACAACCCCCUUCAAUUCAGGGCAUUGAGCAGUGCCGAUUAGCUUGUGGAGGACAUGGCUACUCUCUGGCAUCAGCUUUUCCAGAAAUAUAUACUUACUCAGUAGGUGGCUGCACUUACGAAGGCGAAAAUAUUGUGAUGUUGCUUCAAGUGGCCAGGUUUCUGAUGAAAGCUGCUGAGGAAGUGCGUGGAGGUAAUGCACGUUUGGCAACUAUCUGUGGUUACAUCGCUAAACCAAAUUCUAAACAUUCUUCAUUAAGUAGCUGGGAUAAAUAUUCAGAUGCUGAAAUUGUACAUGAUUUUGAGCAUGUAGCACGAAAACAGGUAUUUCGAGCUUAUGAAGCUUUAAAACGACAUCAACGGGAAUCUACUGCAGAAGAAGGCUGGAAUCGUGCAUCUAUAGAGCUGUGCAAAGCUUCAAGGGUAAGAAUUUCCUGGGUAUACUCAAGCGUUAGAUACGAAACAGUUGAAAAUGUGCCGCAUACACCUCCACCCCCAAGACUGACUGCAGAAUGCGGCGCGAUUAAUAAAAAGCCAUUAAAAAUGCACGUUCGUCUUUACGUUGUGCGCAAUUUCCUCCAAAAAGUCGCCACUGCACCAGAAACAUCACUGAGAGCAGCUGAUCUAACUAGACUCUAUGCAUUCGAUUUGAUAGCCGCCAGUCAAGGAGAGUUUAUGAGGGAUGGAUUUAUGUCGGAAACUCAAGCAAAUGUAGUUCGAGAAGGAAUUUAUAGAAGUUUGGAGCGGAUACGGCCAAAUGCAGUAUCUUUAGUAGAUAGUUGGGAUUUUGAUGAUACUGAGCUCCAUUCGGUUCUUGGACGACGAGAUGGUAAUGUCUACCCUGCGCUACUUGAGUGGGCUCAACAAAGUCAACUGAAUAAGACAGAGGUAUUGCCAACCUUCGAAAAAUACCUCGGACCAAUGAUGAAAGAUGGGCGAUCAAAAUUAUAAAA